ACAUAGUGACAUUCCAACAUCGACUAUAUUAAAAACAGGAAAAACGGUGUCUCGUCUCGGUUUUGGCGGGUAUAGGAUAAAUCGCCAUAAUCCACACCAUAAAGAGGCCUUGAUAUCUGCCAUUAAACAAGGAAUUAAUGUUAUUGAUACAGCCACAAACUUUGAGGGAGGUGAAUCAGAAAAGUUGAUUGGUCAAGCCGUUAAAGAAGCCGAGAGUUUGGGUAUUUGUCGAUGGAGUGAUCUUGUUGUUAUUACAAAAGCUGGGUACAUUCAUCCUGUUCAUAGUGCACAAUGGAGGUCACCGAAUUCAAAAGCUGUUCAUCAUAAUCAUUGCAUUCAUCCUGAUUUUAUCGAAAAUGAAAUUACCGAAUCUCUCAGAAGGCUCCAAACGGACAAGAUAGAUAUAUUUAUGCUUAAUAACCCGGAAAGGAUGCUAUUAGAUCCGAAUAAAACAUACUCUAUGAACAGACUAUAUAAUGACAUAGUUGAGACAUGUACAUACCUUGAUGAGGAAUGUGCGAAAGGCAGAAUAGGCGGUUAUGGCAUCUGCUCGAAUUUAAUGGCCCUUCCUUCAUCUAACGAUAACAUCUCUCUUCCAUUGAUGCUCUCAAAAUUAAGCCCACAAAGUCGACACAACUUUGUUGCAAUUGAAACGCCGUUUAACAUAUUUGAGAGAGAGGCUAUCUGGAAUGAUGGCAGUGAAAAGACAUUGGCUGAACUGGCAGAGUUGAAUGAAGUGUUCUUGUUUACCAAUCGACCAUUCCAUACGAUUGCUGGGGGAACGAUUCGGACGCUUGCUACUAGCUCGAGCGAGGUUGAGCCCGAAAAGCAAGUCAUUGCGAAACUGGAAGGAAAUUUUGAAAAAUUAAGUCAACUAGAAACAGAACUAAACGAACAAUUUCCAGUAGAGCAAUCAUUACAGUCGAAAUUUAUCUGGGCACAAGUGUUAUCCGAGAACUUGGCGCGACUAUCCAAGAAUCAUUUCGCAACUAAGCAUUAUCUUGAGAAAGAUAUCAUGCCGGCUAUCGAACGUGAUCUGGCGGCGUUAGCAGAUUAUGUCUCGAUCGAAGUAUUUGAUGAAGAAGAGGUUAGAUUAAAAACCUGGAUAGAUGACUACCGAAUGGAGACAAAAGACUUGAUAUCUAAUAUUAUCGACUACGCUCGUAUUGAUCUACUACGCAAGAAUCAAGACCUAGAUUCCGUUCUUUCACUCGUAUGUCCUUCACUCAUUUCGGAAACAGAUCAUUUUCAUUCCCCCUUGUCAGUGAAAGCUUUAAGAAUAAUACUAGCCAAUGCACGCGUUGGAUGCACUUUGGUUGGAAUGCGAAGAGUGGAGUACGUCAACGACGCUAUUGCUGCUUUGAAAUUGAGUAUAGAUGAUGAGAUGACAGUAGAAAGGCUGAAUGAUAUUUAUCAAUGUCCAGCAUUGCAAUAG